UGGAAAAAAAAACGCAACAAGACCAAGCGGGACGCGCACUCUCUUCUUGUGCUUUUUUUUUUUGGGGUGCGCAGACUUUUUGGGUGGAUGCUUGUUUGUCUGACAGCACUUGAAGGCCACGAAGUUGAAGAAGUAGAAGCGGAGGAGGACCACCAACUCUGGCCGCGUCGUUUGGGAGUUGCAGCCUGGAAAAAGAAGGAGAAGAAGGACGAGAAGGACCUCCUGAGGUGCAUCUGCACCCCGCGAGAAGAGGGAUCCAGCACCCCCGAAAAGUGCAUAGAAUCCUCUCUAUUAUCCCGUCUCGAUGCGGCCCUGAGGAAUGAGCAUUCGCCAUGGAAACCCAGUCCCAGGCCAGUUCCGCAGCUGAGAAGAAGAAGAGGGUGGAGACCAUCGUGGCGACCAAGGGCUCGUCGGCGCGCAAUGACAUCAGCGAGAAGGCGGUGGCCUCCAGCACCACGUCCAAUGAAGAUGAGAGCUCGGGUACGCCGUACCAGCGUGAGCGGCGCAGUGCUCUGAGCUCGGAGCGCGGUGUGAGCGAGGAGCCCUCCACUUCAACGGAGGAGCGGCCCUCGCUGCUGAAGAAGGAGCUGCACGGCUCCCUGCCCCACCUGGCUGAUCAUGCGCUGCCCUACCGGGGGACCCUCUUCACCAUGGACCCCCGCAAUGGCUACCUGGACUCGCACUACGCCGCACCGCAAUUCUUCCCGGCCUUUCACCCUCCGGUGCCCAUCGACGACAGACACUCGCAGGGUCGCUACAUCUACGAGCCGUCCCCUGUACCCCCACUCCACGUGCCUCCGGCGCUGACGGGCACCCCGGCUUUCUCGGACAUCUCCCUCAUCCGUAUCUCGCCGCAACGGAACCCUUCGGUCGGGGCCGAAACCCCCUUCCACCUGUCGCACCCGUACAACAACCACUAUAUGGACUACCUCCGCUCCCUGCAGCCCCUCGCCAGCCCCUCCAUCUCCGUGCUAUCGGCCACCAGAGGCCUCAGCCCUGCCGACGCGCCUCAUGCUGGCCUGACGCCAUCCGAGUACUACCACCACCAGAUGGCGCUACUAGCGGGCCACCGAAGCCCCUACUCGGCCGAUCUGCUGCCAUCACUGGCCAACACUGCUGGGGCGAGCGCCGCCGGUGCCCUCCACAUGGAGUACCUUCAAGCCAUGGACAGUUCGCGCUUCUCCAGCCCCAGGCUACCGUCUCGGCCCAGCAGGAAGCGGCCGCUGCCCAUCUCGCCGCUGUCGGAACACAGCUUCGACCUGCAGACCAUGAUCCGCAAUUCGCCCAACUCGCUGGUCACCAUGCUCAACAACUCGCGCUCCAGCUCGUCCACUAGCGGAUCUUACGGACACCUGUCGGCCGGAGCCAUCAGCCCCGCGUUGAGCUUCGCCUACCCGCCGACGCCGGUGGCCCUGCACAUGCACCAGCAGCUGAUGGGCCGCCAGCCGGGCAUGGUCGGCUCCGCCUUCGGCCACAGCCCGCCGCUCAUCCACCCGACGCCGGCCUUCGCCACGCAGAGACCCGUGUCCGGUUUCACGGCCGCCGCCGGGCUCACCACAAGCGACCGCUCUGCCGUCUCUGGCGACUCCUCGCAGAUUAAACCUACCAGCGAGUCUGCAGUGAGCAGCACCGGUGACCCGAUGCACCAUAAGCGCUCUAAAAUGAAGCCUGAGGAGGAGAUGCCCAGCCCGGGAGCGCUCAGUUUACAGGAUCACCCCGACGGUAUGACGUUGGUGAAGGAGGAGGGCGACAAGGACGAAGGCAAGCAUGAGCCCGAGGUAGUCUAUGAGACAAACUGCCAUUGGGAGAGUUGUUGCCGCGAGUUCGACACCCAGGAGCAACUCGUUCAGCACAUCAACAAUGACCACAUCCACGGUGAGAAGAAGGAGUUUGUGUGUCGCUGGGAAGAAUGCUCCAGGGAACAGAAGCCCUUCAAGGCCCAGUACAUGCUGGUGGUCCAUAUGCGGAGGCACACUGGCGAGAAGCCUCACAAGUGCACGUUUGAGGGUUGUACCAAGGCUUAUUCCCGUCUGGAGAAUCUCAAGACUCACUUGCGCUCGCAUACAGGUGAGAAGCCUUACGUGUGUGAGCACGAAGGCUGCAACAAGGCCUUCUCAAACGCCUCGGAUCGAGCCAAGCAUCAAAACCGUACGCACUCAAAUGAGAAACCCUAUGUGUGUAAGAUCCCCGGCUGCACCAAGCGCUACACCGAUCCAAGCUCCUUGCGCAAGCACGUCAAAACGGUGCACGGGCCCGAAGCACAUGUCACCAAAAAGCAGCGUGGGGACUACCCACGGCCCCCUGCGCAACCUCGCGAACCGGGCUCCAAUGGACAGGGCCACUCGCCAGGGCAGCUCGGCUUAGGUGGUUACGCGGACCAAAGGGAGUACAGCAACCACGUUACCUCGAAGCAGGACGACUGUCUGCAGGUCAAAUCCAUCAAGACGGAGAAGCCCAUGACGUCUCAGCCAAGCCCUGGCGGUCAGUCUACAUGCAGCAGUGACCAGUCCCCAGUCAGCGUCCAUCCCAGCGGUGGAGUCCAGCUUACUGUGAGCGCCGGACGCUCGCCAGGGGAGGGGUUAGAUGAGGAGGAUGAGGACGAGGAGGAGGAAGAGGCAGAGGAGGGAUGCCGGGUCGCGCCGGCGCCCAUUAUGGACUCCACUGUCUCCACGGCGACGGCGGCCAUGCUGACCCUGCAGGCGAGGCGUAGCGUGGGCCGCCCCCUGCGCUGGAUGGAGCACAUGAAGAUGGAGAGGCUGAAGCAAGUGAACGGAGCGAUGCCCAGGCUGGGGCCCCUGGCUCCCAUGCCGCCCCCCAAGGGGUCUGCACUUGCCGGCAUCCAGGGGAAGGGAUCCAUCCUGGGCAAGCACUGGUCUUCAUCCGCUCCUCAGCCACCUGCUCACCCUGAGCUAGGCAGUACGACUGAGUUAACGGUGCUCAACUUGUUACGGGACCGUCGCGACAGCAGCGGGAGCGCCGCUAGCUCGGCCUACCUGAGCAGCAGUCGGCGCUCGUCGGGCAUCUCGCCGUGCUUCUCCAGCCGCCGCUCCAGCCAGGCCUCCCAAAACGAGGGCGUGGCAGCCGCCGCCCAGCACCGCCGCCUUCACAACCUCAGCUCCACCGACUCGUACGACCCUAUCUCUACCGAUGCCUCCCGCCGCUCUAGCGACGCCAGCCACUACGGAGGCGGGGCGCAUGGGAGCGGUGGCGUAUUAUCUGGUGGAGUCUGUGGAGGCGUUGGAGGUAGCGGGGACGCGGGAGGGUCCCGAGGGAUGCUCACUUUAACACCCGCGCAGCACUACCACCUGAAGGCCAAGUACGCUGCUGCGACCGGUGGUCCGCCACCGACACCGCUACCCAACAUGGAACGAAUGAGCCUCAAAGCUCGCAUGGCCAUGAUGGAUGAAGGCGGAACCAACCAUGCUUUGCCCCCCCUUGUCGCGCCGCACCGCUGCAACGAUGCCAACAGGGUCAUGGGACAUUCAGGCCACAGGAGGAGGGUCCUAUACCCCGGCGAGGGUCCUGUGUCAGGCAACCGGAGGGCCAGUGACCCAGUGCGGACGCAGCCUUCUGACAUUUGCGUACUACCCCCUGUCCAGCGCUUCAACAGCCUGAGCAACCUCCACCCUCUGCCGCCUCUGUCCCAGCAGCAGCCACCACCCAUCGACACGCACAACCUGAGCUUACAAAACUACAACCGCUCCGAGGGGAACCUGCAGAGGAGCUUGCAACACCCCACAUACACUCCAAGCAUUGCGGAGCACGCCGCAUUGGAAGCUCUGGCCAUGGAAGGUAACGGAGAGGCUUACUCAUUUCUGGGUGAUGAAGAUAUCCUUCCGGAUGACAUGGUACAGUACCUCCGCUCCCAAGUUCAGGAAGACGGUGGCCCCUACAUGCACAUCGAGGACCAAAUCGUCUCAUGUGAAAGAGAGCGCUCGCAACACUUGGUGGAUGGGACAGAGGGGGUGAACUUCCAGGCCAACCACUGCCUCCAACAGCAGCAGAUGGUCCAGAGGAGGAGCCCCAGCUUGCUCCCCGUCCAGUGGAACGAAGUAAGCUCCGGUAGCGCCGAUCGCUCGCCCCAGAGGGAUCGCAACUGCGUAAAGUGGUCUGGCGGACAGGUUGCUUCAGAACCUUUUGGCAGGUUUGGAAACAUGGUGGUGCAACAGAACGCGUCGUUGAGUGUCCACGGCAGUUGCUCUCAGGUCAACCUGACACAAGGUCCUGUUGGGGUGAAACUGGAGACGUCUCCCAACACGUGUAUGGAAAUGCAAGGAGCCCCACCCAAUACCUUUGCCAGACCUCACUUCCCCAAGACCACUGAUGAAUCUCUGUACCAACCCUGCAGGUCGCAGAACCACUUCCAGCAGAAUCUCAACAGCAGAGUCACAUGUCACAACCAAGGUCGGGCUUCUAUAGAAAAUCUCCAAAGCCUCUCCCAGGAUAAGGUCCUUCACUCCAAUCAGCAAGGACUACGCCCUUUUGUCAACACAUACAGGAACUCUGUAAGGAACCAUCUCAACCAGAGAAGCUGCACUGAAGUCCCGCAGCAACUGCAGAAUGGUGGGACGCUCCCCUCCCUGAAACUGGAGGCUCCAGAACACGGAUACCUCCAGCAUGGCUUCAGUGAUCCCAUUUCCUUCCAGCAAACGGAUCCUAAGACAGCCUCAUUCCCAACCGUGGAAGACCACUACUUGCUGGACACCAUAGAUGGCAGCAGCGGUCCGGGUGACUCCAUAUCCCUCUUGUCUCCUGCCUCCGACCAAGUAACCAGCACGGUAGAUGGCACGCUGGUGCCCACCGCUGCGUUGGACGACGCCAUUGCUCUGGAUUUUGACGCCAUGAUAGAGGACGGCUUCGACCAAGGCAGUCUGGUUUCUGGCCCGUUGAGCCCCUCCAUUUUGCAGGGUCUCUCCAGGACCUCUUCUCGGCUGACAACCCCGCGGGCGUCGGCCACGUUCCCGGCCGUGGUGGCCCCCGGCGUCAACAACAUGGCCAUCGGCGACAUGAGCUCGCUACUCAGCACCCUUGCCGAGGAAAGCAAGUUUCUCGCCAUCAUGCAGUAGUCGCUCGUUCUCCUCUACUGUCUCCUCUCAGAAAAAAAAUGGUAUAUGUGAAGGCCAAAAGUGGAAAUAGCUCUUUCAAAAGAUUUACUCUCACAAACAUGUGAGAUGAAAAUGAUGUAUAGCUAAUAGUCGUAUUCCUUUUUUGGGGAAUGAAGGCUUUUUUUCCAAGCCUUUCUCUUUGUAUGACAAUAAGAGCUUACUCCUUCAAACAGUAUUCUUACUUAAUGUCACUGUUUUUGCUGUAAACACUAUUGGUCAGAAAAAAAACACAAGAAGAUGAAUAAUAACGCAUGUAUUCUUUAUAAACCAGUACUCCCUGUUCCAAUGAGCCAUCAAACUUUGCAACCAUGCCACGCCCACAAACAAUGAUAUAGACUUAUUGUCAUUGCCGAGCUUCGAGUUUUACUGAAUGAAACAAAAAUCUCAGACUUUGAUUUUUGGAGGAAAACUUGGAAAUAUCCUAAACGACCCAAAAUUGGCCACUUCAGAGUUCAGACCAAAAUGGCAGACGGGCUGUGUUCUUUUCAAGCUAGGAUUUAUGAAUUUUUUGUGGGUCAAUUUGUACAUAUACCAACUUUCACUAGCUCUAAAAUUGGCACUUUAAACCAAAGUGGCAACUUUCAGUGUGUUUUUUUGGAAUGCUUUCUUGAGACUUUUUUGUGGGUCAACUACAUAGGCGGAGUUUGACUUUUAUGGGAGGGGGUCAAAACAUGUUGACCAUGGAACACAAUGUCAGCAAUAAAAUUAACUUACUAUACAUAUAUAUAUUCUUGUUCAUUUCAUUAAUUUUGGUUGCUUGUUUUAUUGCUUUGCAACUUUAAUAGCCAACAUUUUAACGGCUAGGUCUUUAUUUCAAAAGUUCAGAAUUUUGGACAUUAGGCUUUAUCUUCGAGUUAGCAUGGGUUUAAUAAGUCGGUGGAGUUGAUUUCAACAGAUUCCCUGCAGUUUCUCAGUUAUUUGUUAGUUUCAGGGCUCCGGAGAGGCUAAGCUAGCGCGAAUCAAUGGCGCCUGCUUAGCAGCAUGCCAAUAAAAAACGAUAUUAACAGAUUUAACAUAGUAAAUAAAAAAAAAAUCAAAAUAUAGAUCAUUGUUCGAAAUACUUACGCAGCCAAAACAAUGUCACGCUAAACUGCUGUAAUUCAUUUCAUUCAGCAGGACUAUUGUUUUAUAUGCGUAACGCGACCACAAUAGACAGGAGUGCUUCGGCUCUCGUUCUCGGUCUGCAGCGGUGAGAAAAACAAUGUGAUAUCACUCCGCCCUGCUCUCCUAGACAGCCUGUUCCCUGCAGAGCUGCUGGAUUACAAAUGUUGCUGUUCAUACUACAAUUAUUGACAUGCAAUGGUAGGUUGUAAUAACUAUCCUGAAAAUAUAGCCAACACUAUUGAUUGCAUGGGUCAUCUGUGACUCUCAUGCGUGCAUAUGCUGUUGGUAUGCUAAGUGGGCACCAAUGACUCGCGCUAGCAUAGCCACCCCGGAGCCCUGAAAUGAACAAAUAACUAGCAAACUGCACGGAAUUUGUUGAAACCUACUCCACCCACUAUAUAAACCCCCACAAUCUCGAAGAUUGUCUUAUGUCAAAAAUUCUGAACUUCCCCUUUAAAUCAGUUUAUAAGAAAGUCAAUUACAUGCACUGACACACCCCCUCCUCCGCCCCGCAUCUCCGCCUAUGGUUGACUUAUGAGCAACAUGUCUACCAAAUUACAUGGCAUUAAAUUUAACUGGCUCAAGGGGCUGAUUUUUUUUUUAUGGUCAUCUAGAACUAGCCAAAAUCUUUCUAAAAUGUCUGCUUCAAUUCAAACCAAAAUGCCAGACUUCCUGUCUCUUAUCACGCACAUGUUCUUUAGACUUUUUUGGGGUCUACUCAUGAGCGACAUGUCUACCAAAUUUCAUGGUAUUACCGUAAUUUUCGGACUAUAAAGCUUGCUUAAAACUUGUCAAAAUUAUUACAUUUGAAGUGCUUAAAACCCAUUUAUUAAAAUAUAUGUACGCAUUUUUUAAAUUAUACCGUAAUUUUCGCACUAUAAGGCGCCCCUGACUAUAAGCCGCCACCAACCAAAUUUGACACAAAAACGACAUUUGUUCAUAGAUAAGCCGCACUGGACUAUGAGCCGCAGCUGUCCCUCACUGUAUUAUGGGAUAUUUACACCGCUCAGACUUUAACUGGUAACACUUUAUUUGACAGCGGCAUCACACAACUGUCAUAAGACCAAAUGAACCACCAUCAUUGCUUCAAGAACUUCAUUUGGCAAUCACUGCUCCCUUGGGGAGACAGUCGACCUCUGCUGCCACCACUGUUGUCGUCCAACAUGCCUCCUAGCAUGAAUUGUAGCGCUGGAGAUGUAAAUAACAAUCAAAAUUCAUGUUCUUUGCUAAUUAUUUCUUCAGUUACUAUUCCAGUUGUUUAACUGCUAGUUAUGUUAUUUGGUAAAACUUUGACAGUAGCGCCAUAGGACUGUCAUAAGACAUAAUGUCAUAAUUAUGAAAUGACACUGCCAUGAGCAUUAAUAAAUGCUUAUGACAAACAUCAAUUAUCUCAGAAUGGAUGUAAAAGAUUCAAGCUGGACCUAAAUGGAGUUAGUGACAUAAUUUGCCGGAUAACACUUAAUGACAUCUGUCUUAAGCAUUCGUUAAUGGCCAUCAUAAUGUCGUUUUAUGACAGUCUUAUGGCGCCACUGUCAAAUAAAGUGUUACCUAUUAACUAGGGCUGUCAAACGAUUAAAAUUUUUAAUCGAGUUAAUUACAGCUUAAAAAUUAAUUAAUCGUAAUUGAUUGCAAUUCAAACCAUCUAUAAAAUAUGCCAUAUUUUUCUGUUAAUUAUUGUUGGAAUGGAAAGAUAGACACAAGACGGAUAUAUACAUUCAACAUACGGUACAUAAGUACUGUAUUUGUUUAUUAUAACAAUAAAUACACAAAAUGGCAUUAACAUUAUUAACAUUCUGUUAAAGCGAUCCAUGGAUAGAAAGACUUGUUCUUAAAAGAUAAAUGUCAGUACAAGUUAUAGAAAUUUUAUACUAAAACCCCGCUUAAUGUUUUCGUUUUAAUAUAAUUUGUAAAAUUUUCAAUCCAAAAAUAAACUAGUAGCUUGCCAUUGUUGAUGUCAAUAAUUACACAAUGCUCAUGUGGUGCUGAAACCCAUAAAAUCAGUCGCACCCAAGCGCCAGCAGAGGGCGAUAAAACACAAAAAAAACACAAGGAACAAGUGGACAUUACACUGUGCUGUCAUUUUAAUCUGUUUGAGCGAGGCAUGUGCGUUAAUUGCGUCAAAUAUUUUAACGUGAUUAAUUCAAAAAAUUAAUUACCGCCCGUUAACGCGAUAAUUUUGAAAGCCCAACUAUUAACCCACUCAACAAAUAAGUCGCACUGGACUAUACAGUGUUAUUUGGAAACACUUUAUUUGACAGUAAUGCCAUCAGACUGUCAUAAGACCAUCAUAAUUAUGAAAUGACACUGCCAUGAGCAUUAAUGAAUGCUUAUGACAGGUAUCAUUUUGUGUCAUCCGGCAAAUUAUCUCGCUUUUCAAUGGAUGUAAAAAAAUUAGAGCUGGACAUAAAUGAAGUUAGUGACAUAAUUUGCCGGAUGAUAUUUAAUGACAUGUCAUAAGCAUUCAUUAAUGCCCAUGAUAGUGUCAUAAUUAAAAGACAGUCUUAUGACACCGCUGUCAAAUAAAGUGUUACUGAUUAACCCAAAUAAAUCAAUAAAUAGGCCAUACUGGACUAUAAACCACAGUAUUGAAAAUGAGGGGGAAAAGUAGCGGCUUAUAGUCCGAAAAUUAGGGUUAAUUAAACUGGCUCAAGGGGCUGAAUUUUUUUUUAUGGUCAUCUAGAACUAGCCUAAAUAUUUCCAAAAUGUCCGCUUCAAUUCAACCAAAAUGCCAGACUUCCUGUCUCUUAUCACGCACAGGUUCUUGAGACUUUUUUGUAGGUCUACUAAUGAGCGACAUGUCUACCAAAUUUCACGUUGCUAAAUUAAACUAGCUUCGGGGGCUGAAUUUUCAUUCAAUAUCUAUUAAAAAUAGCCAAAAUGUUUGUUUCAUUUAAAGCAAAAAGUCCUGGCUUCCAGUUUCUUUUCGGGCAUGGGUUCUUGAGACUUUUUUAUGGGUCUAGUUAUGACCAACAUGUCUGCCAAAUUUCAUGUUGCUAGGUGAAACAGGCGUUAGUGGCUGAAUUUUCAAACAUCAGUUUGGUGGUUGCAUCAUGUUUUCACAGAUUCCAGCAGACUUUUAAUGGCGCCUGAUGGGAGAAAAAAAAAAGUUCCCUGCCAUGAUUUCCUGUCAGUAUUUCUACUCAAUGUUUUUUGAAUUGAAAACAAAGUGGGGGAAAAAAGGAAACUAGGCUAAAACAAUCAAGCAUUAUGAUUGAGUUUGUCUGGUGCGGUACUUAAGUGUAUAUACUGUAACAGUGUUUUUUAUAUUCUCCUUUUUCAGGUGCUCGCCCACGUACGUACUUUUGUCUUAAAUGGACGCUGACGCUGGUCCAACAGCACAUGUUUUUUUUAAAAAAAUGCUGUACAGUGAUGAGUUGGUUUAUAUUUUAUAAUUUUGUCUUCUCCAAAGCUCUUAAAUUGCGAAUGUGUUCCGCCGUCAAGUAUUGCAGACGUCAUCAGCAGUGUUAGUCUUAUUGUUGCCUUGCUUUUUUUUUUUUUUUUUUUAGUUCGUAUGCGCGCAGUAUCAAAAGUAGUUUGGCGUUACAGCAAUGAGGUACAUUUUUUUUGUUUGUUUCUGGGUACUUUUUUGGUCUUUUUUUGUAGCAGGGCAUUGAUGUUAUUCUUGACUUUUUAAUAAAUAAUGGACAAAACGGUUUCCUUUCAAAGGAGGAAAUUGCAUUGAGGUAUGUGCCUUAUACGUUUCAGUAAAGAGAAGAAACACUGCCAAUCUUCCAUUGUGAAUAAUGAAGAACAAAAAAAUAGGUGGAAAAAAAUUGAACAUUUAUAUGAAAAUGUCCAAUUGUGGGAAAAGUCCUUAUUUGUCAAACGCAUUCUACUUUGAUUUCAUGUUGUUUUCACAUUUUACUGUGCUUUUUGUUUUUUAUAUAUAAAUAUAUGACUAUAUAUAUAAAAAAAAGUGUCCAUAUGUUAUGCUUUGUGUAGGAAAAAAGGGGAACAUCCUGCGAGCCGGCAGGGGGGUGGGCCCCCCUCACCGGCCCACCCAAAUACCCAGCAAGCCAGCCAGAGGGGCCACUCGGCUCUUUUAUAACUUGACUCCCAAUGUUUGUAUUGUUUUAAUAAAAAUGGA